UGUCGCCUACCGUCUCUCUCUAUAUUUCUGUCACCUCCAAAAACCCUCCAAAACCUAACCCUAAUUCCCAAAUUACAUCUCCUUCCAAAACCAACCUUCCAUGGAUUUCUUCAAAUCCAUUCUCUCAGACGACCCUGAACCCUCAGAUCCCGAAAACUCCUCCAAAUCCCCAAAACAUCCAUAUCCAGAUCCAGAAGAUCAAAAUGCGGAUCAAAACCCUAAACCUAACCCUAGCUUUAAUCCCUCUUCCAGCGCCUGGUCCUUCGGUGGCCUGAUCAAAACCCUAGCCACGAAAUCCGAAUCCGUCAUCGACACGUACCGCCGCGAUCUCGAUGAAUUCCGAUCCGGCCUCCAGCAAGAGACUGCCGCGAUCCGAGAAGCCGCCGCCCGGGCCGUCAAGGACCUCCCGGGAUCCCUUGACGCAGGCGCUUCUGCCGCCACCGACUCCCUCGAGUCCGUCGGCCAGGCCAUUGACAGCUUCGGCAGCUCCGUCUGGCGAGGGACGGCCGAGAUUAUUUCCCAGGGCAAGGAAGCCCUCCUGCAGGCCGAGCAUGACAGCGACUCGUCCGAUGCCCAGAGCACGGCUGCCCCCGCCCUGAAUUCGAGGCGGUACAGCCGGUUCGAGUCACAGGUUAUGGGAAUUCAGUCCGAUCCGGGCACGUACUGUGAAGACCCAGAGGACGAGGAGGAGUUCAAGAAAUGGAAAUCUGGGUUUGAAUUGGAGGAGAAAAGGGAUGAGAUUGAGAGCUUGAUCAGCGAGAAUGGGAUUAUGGAGGGGAUUUAUGCGAAGCUCGUGCCAAAUGCCGUUGAUGAUGAGACAUUCUGGUGUCGGUACUUUUAUCGGCUUCAUAAGCUUAAGCUGGUGGAGGAUGCAAGAGCUAAUCUCGUGAAGCGAGUGAUUUCGAGGGAAGACGAAGAGGAAUUGAGUUGGGAAGUUGACGAUGAUGAUGAAGAAGAAGUGAAGGAGGAGACCCGUGUCAUGGAAAACCGAGAGUCGGAGAAGAAAGAGAGUCCCGAGAGAGAAAUCAGCGAUGUGGGUUUUGCUGCGGGGCCCAUUAGUGAUAAUGCGUCCGGUUCACAAUUGCUGUUAUACAGGAAAGAAGAGGCCCUUGAAUCAAACAGUGAUGAAUCAGGGAUUAGAUCUGAUGAGAAAGUGUCUUUGGAAGGGAAAACAGAGGCCUGCGAAUCAAGCAAAGACAGUGAUUUUUCAGUUGUGUCAAGUCAGUUGUCGCAUGAGGAGGAUGAGCUCGGGUGGGAUGAGAUCGAGGAUCUUGGGAGCAUUGAUGAGAAGAAAACAGCUACCAGUGGGAGCCCAAACAAGGCCGAUCUGCGGAAGCGGCUGAGUGCUGCUGAUGAAGAUGAAGAUUUGAGUUGGGAUAUUGAAGAUGAUGAGCCUGUCAAGAAAUGAUCCGUGGAUGGAAAGUGGUUACAUUUAUUACACUAUGCUCCACUGCAAAUGUUUAGUUGCAUGUUUCAAUAAUGAUUAUUUGGUCUAUUUCGCUAUUUUAUUGUGAAUAGUUUAUCUGUAUAUUUCAAUAUUUCUAAGCUGAAUCAAUUGUUUCACUGAAUGUCA